UGAGCGGCUUUCGCUUGUUGCAGGGCUGCGAACGCGACGACGGAGUGAACGACGGUUCUGCCAAUUAAAAGUAGCGACUGACGAGGCGACGCGACGUUCUUUGGCCAGAUACAAAAUUGCAGCUGCCCGACGCGCGCGUUGUUUGUGUUGUGUUUUGUGUUUUGAGUUGGUAUUAGUGUUGUUGGUGUGAAAUUUAUAAAUAAAUCGCGUGGCGUGAAAGUGAAAUGCGUUGCAAGCAACAUAACUAAGUGCGAGUGGAUGCCACAAAUAAUAAACGAGCGCAAAGCUGAAGCGACGCAAUUAAGUGAAAAAGUUCUAAAAAAUCAAGUCAAGUUUUUUUUAUCUGCCUUCAUUAUUGUUUAUCUAUUGAAAUCGACGUCGCUCUCUUUCAACAAGUUUAAACAACUACAACGCUUCGUUCAACUGGAAGGCGCGGCAGCAUCAAACUCAACCUCUAACUGAAACGCUUAGCAUAAAAACAACAACAACAUUGCGUCCUUGAGUUCAUAAUUUAAACACCUGUUCAAGCGAAACAACAACAACAUCAACUGACAACGGGAAGAGGAUUUGGUGUCUCUCUCUCUCUCUCUCUCUCUCUCUCUCGCUCUCAGCUUACAGCUUCAAAAUGAAUAAUUUCACAACAACAACGGCCGCUGUGCCCAAAAAGGAAUCACUGCCACGAUCAGGACAUGUUAAUGAGGUUUGCAAGGAAUGGCUCGUGCGUGAGGACGGCGCUCUGGCCUACAAGCUGCAGUCCCAGGAGAUUAACGACUUUUAUAAGGGCAAUCGGUAUAGGAAUGCGGUGGUGCGCGAAGAUUUCCCCACGGCUCUGCAUGAACAAAUUAAGGAAACAGAGCAGGCCCAACGUCAGGUGGAGGCCUACCGAAGACGCCUCACCGAACAGGAGGAGCACGAUAAACGCGUUGCCAAAGAAAUCGCUGACAAGCUGGAACGUGAUCUGCAGGAACAGCAGCAAAAGGAGCUGCAACAGAGCGAGCUUAUUGCGCAGAAAAUGCAGGAAAUCUAUGUGAAUCUGCCGCCCGUGCCGCCGCCAGCAACACGCGAUAAAAGUCGUCCACCGCCACGACCAGCCAAAGCAAGUAUACAUCAGCAACAGUUGCAGCAGCAACAACAACAACACCAACAAUCCAAUGGCAGCCUUGAGCCCAGCACCUCACAGCAAGCUAGAUAUCUCAGUCAGCAGCAGCAACAACCAUUGCAGCUGCAGCAGCAACACUUUUCACAAACAGACAACUAUGUAGGACUAUCGCUUAUACCAAAUAUAUUAGAUAUGCAAACAGCAGCACCAGCAGAAGUAGCAGUAGCAGCAACAACAACAAUUGUAUCAGCAACAGCAGCAAUUAGCACACCCAGUAGACAAGCACCUAAAGAACACACACAGACACAGUCGCACAAUCAGCUGUUGGUGAGUGAUGCUGAGCACGCGCCACAGCAACAGACACAUCAGCAACAGUCACGCAUUCAUUAUGCACAACAACAAUCACAUCAAUCAGCAAGUCGCAUCAGCACCGCAUCCAUAUUCCAGCACACCACACCUACUACAACUGCAACACACAACAUCAAUCAUGCAACUGACAUCGAUGAGCUUGUGGAUUAUGCCGAUGUUGCUGACAGCAUACGCGGCAUGUCAGCAGCAACAGCAGCAACCACAGCUGCUGCGACAGCAAUCAAUGUCGGUGCAGCAUUGCCACAACGCUCAGCAUCCAAUGAGAACUUACUUCGAACCGAACCCAAAUUUCAGAAACUCUCACCGGAAAAAUAUGAUCAAAUGGUGGGCAACUUUGGACUGGGCAAUGCCAAAGCCGUCGAGCGACACAUGCAACAACAUGCCGAUGACAUUGAGCUUUAUGUGGAUCCCUGCGAUUAUGCGAGUCUACGCGACAUUGGACUUCCGCCAGAGGAGAUACACGAGAUGAGCAAGAAGCUCAAGCAGGAGCAAAAGGAUGAGUUGCUGGCGCGUCGUCUGCAGGCAAUUGAGAGCAAGGACAAUAUGCGGCAGGAGCAUCGGGAUCGCAUGAUGGCCAUCGAGGCGCAGGACAAAGAGCUGGCAAAAAUGCUGCAGGAGCGUGAGAAAGCGAAAGUGAAGCGGGCCAAGGAGAAGGCGCGCCUGCGCAAGUCUCAACAGAAGGAGGCAGCUGCUGGAGGAAGUGGCAACAAUAACUUGUGUGGCACCAAUGGCUCCCACUGUGGUCCGCUGUUGUCGCUGCCACAGGACUGCAUGUCGUCAUCUCAAACACCAGUAGAUAUUGAUGUGGAAGCCUAUUCGAAUCCGAUUGAUGUGCUCAAUAAUAGUCGGGAGCAACGUCAGCCAAAUGGUACGCUCACUAAUGGCAGUCUGACACGGGAGAGCUCGUCGGCACAUGGUUCCAUGCAACGGCAACAGCGACAGGCAGCUGCAGCGGCACAUAGUCUCAGUCGUGGUGAGGAUGACAUCUAUACGCUGCCCGUGGACAGCUGUCGGCCUGGACAGGGACCGGGUCAACGGCCUAUCUCAUUGCACAUGGCCGCGGAGACAGUGCAGCAACUGCAGGCACAUAACUCGAUGACGCGCUCGGAGCAAUAUGGCUCGGAGGCGGGCUCUCAUGACAGCACACUCUCAAGUGGUCACGAUAUUUCGCCCCACAUGAAAUACUCCAAAUCCGGCAACUUUGGUAUAUAUAUCAGAGCGCCAGCCCCACGCCGCCUUACAUGCCAAUUCAGGGUACACGCCGAUCGAAUUCAAGUGAAGAUCGUAAGAAGAAAUCCAAGGACAACAAGUGCACGCAUCAAUGAAGCGUCUUCUUUUUCAUAGAAUAAAUCAAAAAAACACAUACACAUUUAUAUUAUACAUUUAACUAUAUUUUUUUUGUAUGCUCUCAACUAUUGUAUCAAAAAAAUGACAAUGAAAUUGUUCUUCAGCUCCCAUCCAUCAUCUUUCGUAUUCACAUCUUCAAUUAGUGCUUAAAUAUAGUACGUGUAUACACUAGAUAUAUUGUAAUUUUGUUGUGUAUGGUAUCAGAUGACAGACAGUCCCACUUCGGGUUAACAAUAAACGUUUUUUGAUAAGUCA